CAUCCCUACUUCUAUUCCCGGACGGACAUGGAAAUCAAAGCCGAGCAGAUCACGGUACGAUCACACCGCUGCAGCCGAGCUCGAGUGCGAUUGCCGUACAAGUUCGAGUCGGAAAGAAUCAAGCUCGUCAGACAUAUAAAGGACAGCCAGAUCCCACACUUGGCCACACAAAAAAAGAGAACUCGAUCACCGGCGAUCGAGGCCGGCCAAGUCGAUCACCAUGGCGCGCAACUUCGCUACGACGGCGGCAGCGGCUCUCCUUCUCGUCGCCCUCGUCUCGCUGGUUUCCUCGUGCGCCGCGGCGCAGGUCAAGACGAGCGCGACGCAGUGGGGCCUCCACCUCCCCUUGCCCAGCGGCGUCACCGGCGCCGAGAGCCUCGCGUUCGAUGCCAACGGCGCAGGCCCCUACACCGGCGUCUCCGACGGCCGCGUCCUCAAGUGGGGCGGCAGCGCCGCCGGCUGGACGACGUUUGCUCACAAUGCCAAUUACAGGAAACUCCCUUUGUGCGUGUGGUCGGUGGUGCCGUCGGAGGAGACGGAGAGCCUGUGCGGGCGCCCGUUGGGGCUCGCGUUCCAUAAGAGCUCGGGGAACCUGUAUAUUGCCGAUGCGUACAAGGGGCUCAUGAAGGUUGGCCCGGACGGUGGCGAAGCGGAGGUGCUCGCGACCGGGGCGGAUGGGACGGCGUUUAACUUUGUCAACGGCAUUGACGUUGAUCAAUCUACUGGUGAUGUGUAUUUCACGGAUAGUAGCUUGACGUAUCCGCGCAGGUUCAACAUCGAAAUCAUGAUGAACGCCGAUGCAACCGGACGGUUGUUGAAGUACGAUGCAAAGACGAAACAGGUCAUGGUAUUGAAGGACGGCUUAGCCUACCCCAACGGCGUCGCAGUCAGCCACGACAUGUCAUAUGUUGUUGUGGCUCACACCGUGCCGUGCCAGGCCUUCAAGUACUACCUGAAAGGACCCAAUGCUGGCCGCUACGAGCUAUUCGCCGACCUGCCAGGCUACCCGGAUAACGUGAGGCGUGACGGCCACAAUGGCUACUGGGUCGCCUUGAACCAAGAGAAGGCGCACCCAAACGCGACGGCUCCCGUCAAGCACUUGGUCGGGGUCCGGCUCAACGCUGAUGGUGUCGAGGUCGAGGAAUUGACGGCGGCCAAGGGUGUGACUCUCAGUGAGGUGCAGGAGCAAGAUAGCAAGUUGUGGUUGGGGUCCGUGGAACUAGAUUACGUGGGCAUUGUUGCCUGAUCUGUUUACCUUGUUGGUCUUUUGUAAACUGUAGUGUUAUUAGUGCAGAACUGCGCAUAGCUUCUAUUGGUUGAACUAAUUAGCAGGUUGCUUUUCUCGAAUUUGGUUGUUGCGUGCGUAUUUUUGUUUCUGUUCUUCAUCUGGGUAUUUCAACUUUUGUUUCCGUUCUU